GAAUGGAACAUGGGAGCUGUAAAGAUCAAAAGAAGAUGAAAUAUGAAAAUCAAAUCAGUCGCAAACUUACAAAGAUGAAAAAACAUCGUAUUAGCGACUCCAUUAUUGAAGAAGUCGCUCUCAAAUCGGCGUGGAAUUCCAAUAUUUUCAAGUGCGUUCAGUCCCAGAACACGACUCACUCCGCUGCUCUUCCUUUCGCCUUAAGCAAGAAAUGGGUUUCAACCAUCUGCUUCGUUCGAUCAUCAAACCCAAGCUUGGUUCAUGUGCAAAAGAUGUUGCUGCUUUUAGAACCUCUUGUGAGCGGCUUAUUCAGGUUCAGCUACUUUCCCAGCCGUAUGGUACAGAAGCAUCAUUUCAAAGGGAGAAUUCUACUACUGAUUCAAGAAAUGGACGAGGGUUCAAAGGCCAUGAUAUGCUUGCACCUUUCACAGCUGGUUGGCAGACUGCUGAUUUGAAUCCUCUGGUUAUAGAAAGAUCUGAGGGUUCCUAUGUUUACGACGUUAACGGGAAGAAAUAUCUCGACGCCCUUGCUGGAUUAUGGUGCACAUCCUUGGGGGGAAGUGAACCUCGGCUGGUUGCUGCUGCAACAGCACAACUGAAUACAUUGCCAUUUUACCAUUCCUUCUGGAAUCGCACGACAAAACCUUCUCUGGAUCUAGCAAAAGAACUACUAGAAAUUUUUACUGCAAGGAAAAUGGGGAAGGUCUUCUUUUCUAAUAGUGGAUCAGAAGCAAAUGAUUCUCAGGUAAAGCUGGUUUGGUAUUAUAAUAAUGCACUCGGGCGACCACACAAAAAGAAAUUCAUCGCUCGUUCAAAAUCGUACCAUGGUUCGACAUUGAUUUCGGCUAGUCUUUCUGGUCUUCCAGCUUUGCAUCAAAAAUUUGAUCUUCCUGCUCCAUUUGUACUGCACACUGACUGUCCUCACUACUGGCGCUAUCAUCUUCCUGGUGAAACCGAGGAAGAGUUCUCGUCGAGAUUAGCCAACAAUUUAGAGAAUCUUAUUAUCACCGAAGGACCGGAGACAAUUGCUGCCUUCAUUGCUGAACCCGUCAUGGGAGCAGGCGGUGUGAUACUUCCUCCUGCAACUUAUUUCGAUAAAGUCCAAGCUGUGCUGAAGAAAUAUGACAUUCUUUUCAUUGCAGAUGAGGUUAUUUGCGCCUUCGGAAGGCUCGGGACGAUGUUCGGAUGUGAUAAAUACGAUAUUAAGCCAGACUUGGUAUCAAUAGCCAAGGCUCUUUCUUCUGCAUAUAUGCCCAUUGGUGCUGUCAUUGUCAGCCCUGAAGUUUCAGAUGUCAUACACUCUCAAAGCAAUAAGCUCGGUACUUUUUCCCAUGGAUUUACGUAUUCUGGACAUCCUGUUGCAUGUGCUGUAGCCAUUGAAACACUGAAGAUCUACAAGGAGAGAAAUAUUGUUGAGCAAGUAAAGAACAUCUCCCCAAGGUUUCAAGAUGGUGUAAAAGCUUUCUCUAGCAGUCCCAUCAUAGGAGAGACGAGGGGGAUGGGAUUGAUCUUAGGCACAGAAUUCACAGACAACAAAUCACCCAAUGAUCCAUUUCCUCCUGAAUGGGGCAUAGGUGCAUAUUUUGGAGCAAUGUGUGAGAAGCAUGGAAUGUUAAUACGCGUCGCUGGGGAUAAUAUAAUGAUGAGUCCUCCCUUCAUUAUCUCACCUGAAGAAGUUGAUGAGCUAAUAAACAUAUAUGGGAAAGCACUCAAGGAUACUGAAGAGCGGGUGAAGGAACUGAAAUCUCAAAAGUAGGUGAGCUAACUGACCGACCAGGAUCGAUAAUGUCGAAAAGUCUGUAGAUGAAUGAAAAGUUUAAUGGAAUGUAGAAGGUGAGAGUUCUGUUUCCAUUGAUACUCCAAUUUGUUUGUCAAUAAAUAAGAAAAAACAGAAGAAAUUAUAUUGGAGUGUGUAUAGACAGAUCAUCUCAGCUUGAAUCAUCCAUUCCUUGAAA